UGAGAUGUGUCUUAGGCGAGUGUGUUUAUAGUAUUAGUAAAUAAAUAAAAUAAUAAAAUGUCUGAGGAAAAAUUACAUGUAUCGGAAGUAAGGCUUUCCCUCCAGCAUUUCGCAUGGUUUGACUAUGUCCUGUUUAUUUUUAUGUUAACAAUAUGUGGUGGAAUUGGUGUAUACUUCGGGUUCGUAAAGAAACAAAGUUCUACCCAGGACUAUUUGAUGGGUGGACGAAAUAUGAAGUUGUUGCCCGUCUGCUUCUCAUUAGUGGCAAGCUUUAUUUCAGGAAUAUCCCUUUUAGGUAUACCAACAGAGUUGUACAUUUAUGGAACACCUUAUGUGUUUACUUUAAUCGGUACUCUUUUAAUGUCGGUAAUAAUUUCUUAUACAUUUUUACCAAUACUCCAUGAAUUGAAAUUAACAUCAGCGUACGAGUAUUUAGAACUCCGAUAUGAUAAACGCUUGAGAGUGUUUGGUUCUGUAAUUUUCACCGUUUACUUGAUGGCAUGGCUGCCUAUUGUGGUUUAUGUACCAGCUUUAGCAUUUAAUCAAGUGACUGGGGUUAACAUUCACAUUACCACUUCUGCAGUAUGCAUUGUUUGCAUAUUUUAUACGUCUCUGGGUGGCCUAAAAGCCGUUGUAUGGACAGAUGUGAUCCAAACUAUAGUGAUGAUCGGCGCAAUGAUCAUAGUUGUUAUAAAAGGCACUAUCAUAGCCGGCGGAUUCCAAGAGGUGUUUCGUGAAAAUUGGAACACAGGACGACUGGAAAUACCACCAGUAAGUCUAGACCUAACGGUGAGACAUUCUAUCUGGUCUGUCUCCAUUGGUUCGACUUUCUACUGGAUCGGCAAUGUUGCCGUGAAUCAGUCCAUGAUACAACGGUUUCUUGCAUUGCGUGAGCUCAAGUCUUCGAUAAGGGCUGUUUGGGGUUUUUUGUUCGGGGUGGUAUUCAUAAUGCUAAUAUGCGGGUACAGUGGGUUGCUAGCCUUCGCUAAGUACCACGACUGUGACCCGUUAGAUUCAAAGCUGGCUCUAGCUAAGGACCAACUGUUGCCUCUACUAGUCAUGGAUGUCCUGGGCGACUGGCCCGGUAUGCCUGGAAUAUUUGUAGCUGGAGUUUUCAGCGCUUCUCUCAGCUCCCUGUCUACCGGUUUGAAUUCAAUGGCUGCCGUAGUAUUGGAAGAUUUCUGGAAGCCAUUUUUCAAAGAAUUGACACAUAGACAAACGCAGAUAUUGGUCAGAUCAGUUGUUGUUAUACUUGGAGUUAUUUGUGUUGGUCUAGUAUUCGUAGUAGAGAUGCUCGGUUCCGUCUUACAGCUGACUAUGAGUUUAUCCUCAGCAUCAAUGGGACCCUUAGCUGGAGUGUUCCUCAUGGGAAUGUUCUUACCUUUCAUAGAUUCUACGAGUGCAUUAUCGGGAGGUAUAAUAGGUCUGACGUCAGCGUGGUGGAUCGCUGCGCAGUCGCAGUUAGCACAAGCUCGGGGGUUGUUGAUGUCCAAUGAGAAGCAGAGGUUCACGCACAACUGUACUUACGACUUCGAUCAAUUUGUGCCUAGUGUGGCUGAUGCAGAAAGUGAAGUGCCAUACUUAUACCGCAUCUCAUUCAUGUGGUUCACGGCGUUUGGUUGUAUGGUGACCAUCGGGAUCGGGUGUAUUGUUAAUUUGCGACGGACGGCAAAGGUGCACCAUGAUCAUCGCCUGUUUGCUCCCUUCAUUCGAAGGUGGCUGGAGAAAGAUAAGAUACACCAAAUGUAUAUGAAAAAUAUCGAAAAAUGAAUGACGUCAAGACAUUGAAGAAAAUUUCUUGAUAUUAUGAAAAAUCACUAGCAUAAUAUGUUUUUACGUUAACUGUGAUUAGUACCUAGUGGAGGAAUUACUACAUACAGUUUAUCAACCCAGGUUUAUCAAUACAAAAUCUUAUUCAGUACGUAAACCUGUAAAUGUAUGUAUUUUGAAGAAAUAUAAUUAAUGGGAAUAAAUAAAUAUAACUGAUUAUAUUCAGUUA